UUUUCAACCGGAAGUACUUCUCGUGUCGGAGGUUGAGCACAUUGUUCCUGCGCGGUACAGUUGGUUUCAAAUAAUAAUGAAUGAACUUUUAGGCUAAUAAGAUACCUAUCCUCUACACGAAGCUUUCGUUUACCCGGAGCGAAAUUGAGUUACCGCGGCGCCAUUGUGUUCACAGUAUAAUAUAAAGAUCUUCAUCUUAUUUGAGUUCUUAGACUGGCGCAGAGAUGGCUGGCAUCCUGUUUGAGGAUAUCUUUGAUGUGAAGGACAUCGAUCCAGAUGGCAAGAAGUUUGACAGAGUCUCUCGUCUACAUUGUGAAAGUGAGUCUUUCAAGAUGGACCUCAUCUUGGAUGUGAACAUUCAGAUCUAUCCUGUUGAUCUUGGUGACAAAUUCAGACUGGUUAUAGCCAGUACGUUAUAUGAAGAUGGAACACCAGAUGAUGGAGAGUACAAUCCUCAGGAUGAUCGGCCAUCAAGAGCAGACCAGUUUGAUUAUGUAAUGUAUGGGAAGGUUUACAAGAUUGAGGGAGAUGAGACGUCAACUGAAGCUGCCACACGUCUCUCAGCCUAUGUGUCUUAUGGAGGCCUCCUCAUGAGGCUGCAGGGAGACGCCAACAACCUUCACGGCUUUGAGGUGGACUCGAGGGUCUACCUCCUCAUGAAGAAGCUGGCUUUCUAAAACCGAGCUGUGCUCACCCGCCCACCUGGUUUCUACCACUGCUGCAGUCAACCUUGAAAGUCACACUGAACUGGGUGCCGAAAAUAGUCCAAUUCCCAAAUCUGGAGCACAAACAGACACAGAGUACAUGGGGACGGUAGAAAACAUAUUUAGUUUUUUUAUUCCAUUUGACUCAAAAGAGAUGGACUAAAGACUGUAACACGCAAGAACUGCUGCAACUGCUGGCAAACUGUAAAUAAAGAUUUCUUUUAUACAACAUGA